GAUCAAGAAAGCAAUCAGCAGGAAAACCAUGAAGACUGCAUGUGCUGCUGUCGUUCUGCUGAGUCUCUUCUCAGUUUCCCAGCCGGCGUCGCUGGCCUGUGAGGUGUUGGUGCGGCCGGUAGACCAACUUCAGGAUGUUCAAGGGACAUGGUACUUUGUAGCUGUGGCUUCAUCUUACUGUUGGGCAGUAACAGUGCUGAAUACCUUAGGGUCUCCAAGUUUUCAACUUGAUAUUACCUCAACGAACAAAUCACACAUCUACGACAUGAACUUAACAGUCAAGAUUGGUGAGGAAUGUGCAAAUAACACGGCAAAGAGUUUCUUGGAGAUGGAUGGGAUAUCUUUAGCCAAUGGUAAUGAUGCCAAAACCAAUGAGAAAGGUUUGUUUCUUCGCACUAGCUGUGCUGACUGCCUCAUUCUGAAAGAUGACGACUCUCCUGCCAAUCUCCUGCUUAUGUUAAGCAGGAAACCAACUGUCACAGCUGCAGAACUGAAAGAGUUUGAGGCACAGGCAGACUGUCUUCAGCUCUACAAGCCACAAGUCCUAAACACCGAUCAUGACUGCAGUUCCAGAAACACUACAAUGGAUUCUUCACAAUUCGAGCGAGAAUUUCCAGAAAGAAUCAAAAACAUGUUCUCAGGGAUCUUCACAUGUGUUACGGAUAAAGUUUUGUACUAUCCCCGUACUGUGCUCGGAUGGGCUCAGAGCGCAUGGGAUAGUAUCUGGUAAACCAGCACCUGUUAUAAGAAUUUUAAAAAAAUAACAGAAUCAAUCACUCAUAUAUACUUUCUUACAUGUGAAAAUAAUGACAGAACUUGCUGCAAUCCACACACUGUUUGAAAUCUGUUUCUGGCAUAAGAUUUAGGAUGUAUCUUUCAAAAUACCAAACAUUAAAAAAAUCAAUUUUAGCAACUGA